UUGAGGGAAGUGAAUGGCUGACCUCAUGUUUCCAGGCACUUCACCUGCCAAGGUUCAAUUUUGGACCCAGGGUCUUCGUACCUGCAAAACCUUUCCCUUGUUCAUACUUAUAUUCACUUACUGUGGUUGGAGCACUACGUGUGCCACUUUGACCUUUCGACGACUUCAAAUCUGAAGCAACACCACAUACAUCGAAAAGCCAAAUCGAACUGUCAUCAUGGGAAAAUUCAAGAUUAGCUCUUGGCUGAACCGCAGCCCAUCACCCAUAUCCGACGAGGAUGGAAAGAAGCAAAACCGCUCGUCAUUUUCGGCCCUUUCUUCAUCACUGACCUGCAAGCCCAAGGAGUCUCAGUCUAGCACCAAUGGAAUCCAUACCUCUCCUCCCGAUGAGCCAGAGCGACAGCCGUCAACCUCGCGGAUGAUUGCGUUGGCGCAAAAGAUUGCAAAGGAAACAGAAAAGUUGGAGACGUACAUGAAGGAUAACAACCUCCCGAUGCCAAGUUUUGACGUUGAUGCGCCCGCCGAUUUCCCGAAACUGCCCGCCGAGAUUUCGAGAAGCAGGCAAGAAAUCAUUUUCGCUACAAGAGAACUGGGCUUGCUUGCGCAUGGACCUCGCGAGUCACUGAGAUGGGGUGUUUGGGAGUUCCUUGACGUUCUUGCCUUGCAAGUGAUCACUCAUUAUGACAUUGCCAAACUGUUCCCCCCAGCCGAGACCAUCACCCUCUCGGAGCUUCAAUCCAAGACAUCAUUGGACCCCAUCAACCUGGCCCGCAUCCUCCGCCUCGCCAUGACUAAGGGCAUCUUCCGUGAGCCCGUCCCGGGCAUCAUUGCCCACACGGCCGCCUCCCGCGUGCUUGCUGAGGACAGCGACCUGCAUGCCUGGGUUGCCUUCAACGGAGAGGACAUCUUCCCGGCCGCAGCCCACGUGCUUGAGGCGCUCAAGACCCACCCAGAAGCCACCUCACUCACCCGCGCCGGCUUCCAAUUCGCCUUUGGUACGGUCGAUAAGGAGCCCAUGUUCGUUACCUUUGGCAAGGACCCGGCGCGCGCGCGGCGUAUGGGCAAGGCCAUGGUCAGCCUUACUGGCGGCGAAGGCUACGAGGUCUCGUAUCUGCUCGAUGUCGAGGGUGGUGGCUACGACUUUAGCGAGAUCGACGCUAAGGGGGGCACGUUUGUGGACGUGGGUGGCUCGCAUGGUUUUGUGGACGUGGACUUGGCCAAGAAGUAUAGGAACAUGAAGUUUGUGGUACAGGAUACGGCCAAGACGGUCGAGAGCGCGCCCAAACCGUUUUGCGAGGACGAGCAGGUUGCUAGCAGGAUUGAACUGAUGCCUCAUGAUUUCUUCCAAGAGCAGCCUACCAAGGAUGCGGAUGUCUACUUCUUCCGCUGGAUCAUGCACAACUACUCUACCCCCUAUGCCAUCAAACUCCUAAAGAACUUGAUCCCCGCCCUCAAACCCGGCGCCCGCGUCAUCAUUAACGACCAUUGCCUCCUCGAGUCUGGUCAGGAAAACCCCUGGGACGAGACCGUCAUGCGUCGUAUGGACUUGGUCAUGCUAGCGUUGCUCAACGCGCAGGAGCGCACCGAGGCCGAGUUCAGGGAACUGUUCAAGGCUGCUAGUGAUGGGUUUGUUUUCAAGGGCGUCACGAGACCUAAGGGAUGCCGAAUGAGUAUCAUCGAGGCUGUUUGGCGACCUGACCUGGUUGACUACGGUGCUUCUGCUACUCCUGCUGAUGCUGAUGCUGCUGCUACUGGUGCUACCACCGCCGCCGACGUCGAAGCUCCUACAACAACUGCCCUUGAGGGAUUGGAGCAGGAGGAUCAGGAGGCUAAGUAAACAGCCAGAUAUUAGCCAUUUCGGCGCGUAGGAAAAGACGGGUCGAGAGUGAGUGAAUGGGCUUUUCUAGCCAGUUUGA